GUAGCCAGGCUGCUCUCCAGCGUCGUCUGGCCUACGCGCGCACACGGCAAGCGACUUCAGCGCACAAUCCGCUGCCCGCGCCGGCCACACUGCGGCGGUACCUCCGCGGUCGCCCACAGCGCAGGGCCACCACCCGGAAACUUGGAAAGCUGAAUUCGGAGCUCCGGGAGAGGGAGCGUGGGGAGAUGCCAAACAAGCGAGCCGAGGUCUGGGGUGUCACAUGCCCGACCCCUGCCUCUGUGGAGCACGCAGACAUCCGAGUCAAGAGUUACAACUUGAACUCCCGGGAGCGGUACGUUUGCAACUCCGGUUUCAAGCGCAAAGCCGGCACAUCCAGCCUGACCGAGUGCGUGUUGAACAAGACCACGAACAUCACUCACUGGACCACUCCCAAUCUCAAGUGUAUCAGAGACCCCUCCCUGAGUCACCAAAGGCCAGUGCCACCCUCCACAGUAGUGACGGCAGGGGUGACCCCACACCCAGAGAGCCCCUCCCCUUCUGGAAAAGAGCCAGCAACUUUAUCUCCCACAGUGACCAGAGAGACAGCUGUUAUGCCGGGCUCCCGGUUGGUGCCAUCAAAACCACCUUCCCCAGGAACCACAGGGACAGGUAGUCAUCAGCUCUCCCAGACCACAACAAAGACUUUGGAACUCACACCUUCCACCUCCCACAAGAUACCAGGUGUAUACUCGUACAGUUCAAGGGAUGCCACUGUGGCCAUCUCUUCAUCUGUCACCCUGCUCUGCGUACUGUGUGUGGUCUCUCUUCUGGUGUGUUACAUCAAAUCCAGGCGAACUCCCCAACCACCCAAUGUUGAAAUGGAAAUCAUGGAAGCCACGCCAAUGACGGGUGAAACCAGCAGCCCACAGGAAGACCCAGAAAACUAUCCACACAACCUCUGAAACUCAGGAGAAGUCAACCCAGCUACAUUUAGGGCAAAGAAGGCUUUAGCUAAGGAGGAUCUGGAAGAGACAUAAGGAGUGAGGCACCAGGAAAAGGCCCACCAGUAUAAACAAAUGUCCUGCUGUGAUCUACCAACUAUGCCCUGCUAGGUGCCUCCUGCAGGAGUGAAUAGGUUCUUGAGCACUGGGAUGCACACUGGCUGCCCACUCGCCUGCCCACUCACCUGCUCACCUGCCUCAGGUGCAGAGGACAGCUUUCCAAAGCCCAAGCAGCUAAAGCUCGCCUUGAGGAAGCAGAAGACUCAAGUCAGGUUAUGACAUUGAUUCAGGACAACUUAUCAGCCUGUCCCUCAUUCUGACUUGUGGUUUAUAGAAAAACAGUGCUAUGUAUGAGGCUGUAAAAGCUCCUUACAAAGUUCCUCUCGGCCUGGGACAUGACUAGAGGGAGGAUACCAACACUUGAACGCCUAAGAACUCGGUUUCCAGGUGCACUGCAUGAGGUGAAUGGGAGUGAGGAAAGUGAAAGAGACAUGGAAUACAGUGACUCUUCUUGGUUUAAGGAUUCACAAAGAAGAAAACUGAACACAGUGACAUUUUACAUACACAUGCAUCUGUACCUCCUUGUCCGUUGUGUAAUAUGUAGAUACAUAUUAUAAUGAUUUGUAUUUUGAGAUUGUCCCUUGUAUAAAUAAAAUAAAACAUCUAUUUUCAGUACAAAAAAAUGCACGAAGAGAAUCGCUAAAGAGAAAUGUUGCACAAAGGAAAAAAAGAGUGUAUGGAAUGCAGAAUGCAAAAUUACUCAGCACAAGUAUUCUUUCUAAAAAGUGAGAAGUUUGCCUAAGCUGGUUCAAAUCUCUUUUGGGGGAUUUCUAACAAUCUCCAUGUGAAGAGAAGCAACAUGAUCUAAGAUAUUUGGUGGCAGCUAGCUGAGUAAUGUACACUUGGCCUCUCUACCCUUUCCCGAUGCUUUUUUCUCUCCUCCUUUGUUACUUAUGA